AUGGCGAGAACCACACGAUCAUCCGCGAAGCGGGACAUCCAGCCGGAGAGCUCAUGGCGCAUGGUCGAGGGCGGCGAGAACGACAGUUUCGACACCUCGAUCCUGAACGAUGAAGAGAUCUUCAUCCCCUCGAGCGGCUCCCAGGCCUUCGGCUCGCAACCCAUCGGCUCGCAAUCCUUCAGCAUCGGCGGGUCGCAACCGUGGAGCAUCGGUGGGUCGCAGGACGACAACAUCGAGAAUUUUCUGAGUAAAGCCGAGGAAGACGAGCAGGUCCUCCUGCGUACGCCGUUCCGCCCGUCCGUUCCGAAAUCCGUGCGCCAGAGCUCUCGUGAUAACUUGAGGCGGCCGUUCUCGCCUGAGCCGCAGUUCUACAUGCCCAAGAUCGAUAUUGAUAGCCCGAGGAAUUCGGUCUCGGAGUCGUCUACGACGGUUCGGCCUACUGAUCCACCACAAACGUCGCCGAAACUCAGGCGUCGUCAAGUCGGGGUACCAGAGAGUCCUGUUAGCAAGCAAACGAAGAAGUCGACAGCGGCUCGGCAACCAACACUGGACAACGAAGCAUCGGGAGCCCCUUUAUCUGCCGGGAUAUUCGGCGCACUCGGCUGGGUGUUGGAGGUGGUUGGGAUGGCGUUGCGCUAUGCGCAAAAGCCACUGGCCGUCUUGUUAUCGCUUUAUAUCACGUUUGGCGGCAUCAUAAUGCUGCAGAACAUGGCGAGCAAGUCAAUCACAACUUCACUCUCCCCCAUCUGCCGCAUCCCCGGCGCGUCGUUGAUCGACCUGCCAUUCUGCCCGGAUUCCAAGCCAUCCGGGAACAAGAAAAAAGGGGGGAAAGGCGGCAGCGCGCCGGUGCAGUUCGACAGCCUGAUGGACGCCCAAGACAAUUUCCAGCGGGUAGCAGAGAUGGCCGCAGACGGCAUGUCGCUGCCUAUGGAGAUGAAGCGGUCCGAAUCAUCCAUCCGCGACCUGCGCACUGUAGUGCGCCACAGCUCGCUGAUUUCCAAAGAGGAACUGAUCCUCGAAUUCGACGGGUUCAUCGACACGGCCCAGGCCGCCACGAGCAGCCUGCAACGGUUCAACACACGCGUCAGCUCCACAGUCGACUGGGUCAUCAGCAUCACCCGAUGGACGUCACGCAACCUCGAGCCCUUCAGCCAGGAACUGGGGCCCGACGGCGACCACGGCGGCCGUAGCACCGGCCGUGUCGCGGGCUACCUCGGCGCUUGGACAGACUGGUUCUUCUCCCCGUUCCAGCCGACCCUACUCUCGGAACAGUACCUCCUCAACCGGUACAUCGAGCACACCGAGCUAGUAUCCGACAAAGUCGGCCAACUAAUCAGCGAAGCCCGCGCCGUGCUGCACACCCUAACGCGCGCCGAAGAGCAUCUCGACGCCGUAUACAGCUUCGUCACGCGCACGCACAAAACGGUCCAAGGCCGCAAAGACGACAUCCUCUGGACACUGUGGACGCUAGUCGGCGCCAACAACCGCCGUUUAGCUAAUUACAACGGCCAGCUGGCGCUGCUGCGGCAGGUGGAGGGCCAGCGGACGCGGGCGGUGCGGUUGGUGAAUGAGUUGGUGCUGGAGCUGGAGAAGAUUCAGGCGAGUUUGGGGGAUUUGAAGGAGAGGGUGUCGGAGGUUGGGCUGGUGCAGGCGCAGGCGGAGGUGCCGUUGAGUGUGCAUAUUGAGACAAUUAAUAUGGGCGUGGAGAGGUUGGAGGCGGCGAGGAGUCGGAUCAGGUCGAUUGAGGAUGAGAGGAUUCAGGAGGUUUUGGCUAGGGGUGGGAGGGGAGGGGAGGAUCGGUUGAUUGAUGCAUAG